AUAUUGAUUGAUGUCAUGGUAGACUAAAUUAUUUUUUUCACUGGUAACCCUGAGUGUACAAAAUAUUAUAAUCAUUAUUUACUUCACAAGAAAACAUUUAUUCAGCCUCUGUAUGGCUAAAUAUUGACUCAGUAUAAAAACUUCUAUGAAUAUUUAAUUGUUCAGUGAAUUUUUUUCCCAUAAAUGUACCAAAGAACCUAAUGACGUUGUUUUUUUUUAAUGUACAAAUAGUGAAGUUUGUUAGAACCACUGAGAGUAACAAGAUAAUAUUUAUCUGCAAUGCUGUAAAUAAGUUCAUUCAAGUAUUCGUUGACCUAUUGUUUAUCCUUUCUACUCUUUUGUUACUUGUGUAUUGUUUAUAACUUCAUUGUAGUGGUGACAAAUUAACACAAUGUUUUAAUCAGAUCUAAUCUAAUUAGUUACAUUAGUAUGCCUGGUGAAGUGGUAGGCUGUAUAAGUUGUAUUAAAAUGGAUUUUGGCGUUCAAGAAGGCACAAUCCCGAGGGAUUUCAUUGAAUAUGAUUUUGCCGAAGAUGCUUUGGAUUUUGAGACGCAGCUAGCGGAGGCUCGCGACGUGAAGUUUACACAGGUGCUGGCCGAGCCACUGAGCAUAGGCUCCCACAUCGUAUGUACCGGCACACCCAGCGAGGAUCUGCCAUGGUUCGCAGUAAACAUAGGAAUGGAAGAUCCAGACUCGGGGCGCGGCGAUAUCGCGGUUCACUUCAACGUCCGCCUGCCACAGCGGUACGUGGUACGCAACACGCGCCGCCAUAGCAAGUGGGGGACCGAGGAGACCACGGCGUUUAGAUUAUUCCCCUUCAAAAUGGACCGUCCGUUCACGAUAGAGGUCCUCGUGGACGAGAAACAGACGCUGUGGGCGGUGGACGGCGAACACUACUGCAGCUACGCGCACCGGCAGCCGAGCCCUCACGUCGCCACUUGGGUGCAAGUGGCUGGUGUUAGGAACGCCACGCUGAACAUUAACAAGACUGAUAUUUAUCCGACGAUGGCGCCCCCGCCCAUUGAGGUGCCUUUACGAGCAUUUAUUGAUGCACCACCGGAACCAUCCGAGCCGACUUGCUGGAGGGCUAACGCGAUAGCUACAUUAUCAAACGGGGUGCCAGAGGGACACCAAUUAGUUAUUCAUGGAAGAUUACGGCCCAUGCUGCACUCGUUCGCGGUGGACCUGAUGGACGGCGCGCGCGAGUGGCCCGCGCCCAACGUGCACGUGCACGUCAACGUGCGCGCGCACGUCGAGCCGCACCUGCCGCGCCAGCUCGUCGUGCUCAACGCCUGGUACGGCGCCUGGGGGCUUGAGAGGCGGCAGCGCACCGCGCGACUCGUGCCCGGCACGCAGACCACCUUCCGGAUAAUCCGCGGCGCCGGCGAAUGGUCGGUGUACGCGGACGACUCGAUGAUAGGCGAGCUGGAGUUCCGUGCCGCGCCCGAGGGGGUCAAGGCGCUUCGGUUUCGCGGAGACUUAUAUCCUGAGCAGGUGUACCUGUGCCCUGCUACCAACUCGCCCGUUAGAGAAGAGUAAACGACGAAAUAUCGAACGAUUGAACUAUUUGUACGUAACGGAAAGCGGAGCUUGGGACGCCGAUGACCUCAUAAAGGUAUUAUAGGAAGGCGCUAGAUGCAGGCCGCUACCAACUGGGCCUAUGUUCAGCAGUGGACGUCCUGUGGCUAAAAUGACGAUGAUCAAUUUGUGUAAUACAUGGCAAGCUAUAACACUCUAAAACGUGAGCCAGUACGAGCUAAGUUGCGCAUCAAGCUGUUAAGUUGAUAUAUCGAGCAUGAAGCUAGGAAGUUAUUAUGUCAAAGUUAGCAGCAUGCAUGCUUGAUUUCGCAGCCUCGAUGGCUUGUGAACGAAUAAAGAUAACUGCCAGAUGCAGUUACAAGGACUUCCGACGUGCUCUCAGAAGCACAGAUUGUUACUUGCAACGGACAAUCAAGUUAAUUAUGUCUUCAAUUACUUAUCUGACUGCAUUACGAAUCACCUGAAGAGCAACUAUAUUAUAAUUAUGUACCUACAUACAACUUUAUGUGCUUCAAGAAUAAUGUUAAAUAAACUUUGGAAUAUACUUUCUAUCAGACCAUGACAGCGAACGAAGACAUAGAAACCGAUAUAAAAUCGAAAUAUAAUGCAUUUAUUAUUAUCCGAUAAAAAUAAAUAUUUAGGGUGAUUAAACUCAAACCGUCCAUCAGAUUAGAUAGGUCGUGCGCUAAUUUAUGCCUAAUUUAAGGCAAAUAUGUUUUUUCUGAAAUCCUUUCUAUAAUAUUGAUACUGUAGACUCUUUUUCGGUAUUUUUGAUUUCAUAGUAUGAGAAAAGCACAAUCUCACUUUGUUAGUAUUAUUUACAUUUUAUAUUCUUAUGUUAUCGUACUUUAUAAUUCUAUUAAUUUGUAAUCAUCUAAUACUCUUUAAUUCUUUAAUUUAAUGUAAGUGUACCUACUUUGUUACCAAUUUAUUGUUGUAAGGCACAAAAGUCACGUGGCUUAAUUUUGUUUAAUCAAAUUUUUAUUAUUUUAUUUCAACUUACUAAACUAAGUAAAACGAUAAUCGAAUCAAUGUCGAAUGUAUUAUGUAUUACGUUUGAGUUCAAACGAGUUAAUUAGUAGUUCUGUUGCAACAGUACGGUACGACUAGGACGAAAAACUUUCGAGUUCGAAUCGUUUGCGUAUUCGAUUCGCCAUCAAAAGAUUUAGUACGAAAACUACAACAGUGCCCUUGUGAACGUGCCGUAAAGUGAACUGAGUAUGAGAAAUGGUUGCACGAAACAUAUUUUGAGAACCAAAAUUGUCACGUUUUCGUUUAAUUCGAAGAUUGAGUAUCGAAUUUUGUCGAAUACGCAAACGAUUCGAAGACAAAAGUUGUUCAUGCUAGAGGUACAGAACUGCACUGUGACGUCAGAAUUAGCAUUAUAAAAUUAUAUAGUCUGGAGAGCUGCCUAUAAUAGCUAGAUCUAUGCAUCCCCAUACCCAUACACAUUUUCUGAAUACUAUUUAUUCUAUUCUACAAAAUCUAGAUGUAUGAAAAUGACAGCCAAAGUGAUAGCCAUUGCUAGAUCUUGUACAAUUUUUGAUAAAUAACAAUGAUCACAUUAAUUUAAGCUAACUCCACUAUUUAUGGAUGGACUGUUGUAUGCUAUACAGUGAUUAAUAAAUCAAUUAUGCUAAAAUGUCA